AAAGAACCCACUGUCAGUGUUCCAAAAUUUGGAACUUGUUGAGGUUUUCAGCAAACCCUCUUGUUGUUAUUGAGUGAAUUGCCAACCAUGCGUGAAAUAUUAGAUAUAAGCUCUGAUGAGGAAGAGGGUUUGGAAGAGAGUCUCACUGUAACCGAUUUCAACUUUAUCAGAGAGAUGUUGUUCUCUUCUGACGAAGAAUCCGAUGAUUCAGUCAAAAUUGUUGAAAUCCGCGAAAAACCUGAAUUGAAGUCAAAGUCUUCAACUCUGGCAGUAAAGGAUUUGGGUGACGAUGACGAUGACGAUGAUUGCGUGCUUCUGGAGAGUGACCCCGAAAACGGUGUCGCAUCUGUCGAAGAGGAAGCAAAUGGGUCAGAUGACUUGUUUGUAAUUGGGGAAAAGGGUCAGAUUGCAUGCCGAGACUUUCCUCAUGCGAGAUAUCUUUGUGCUACAUUACCAUUCUCUUCCACCCCUCACGAGAAGCAAUGUAAGCAGUGCCACUGUUAUGUAUGUGACUCCCCAGCACCAUGUCUCAAGUGGGGCACUGGUGCUUUGAGUUCAGAUCAUUGUCACGCAAUUAGGGGAACUGAGCUGUGGGAAGUUCAGAGGAAAAAUUUCAAGCUGGGCUUGAGUUCCUCAAUACCAGCUUCAACUAAUUUUGGUACUUCACUCAGACCAGGACAUCUCCAGCGUAAUGAAUUUGUGCCUCCGGGUGUAGUUAACUUGUCUCCGAAUUCUGUAUUACCAAAUCAAGCACCCAGAUCCACUGCAAUGUGUGCUGUCCCCUCACUCAACUCCAUACCUCAAAUCCAGGCUUCUCGACCAACUAUAAAUCAUUUCCACACUACAGCUUUACCAUAUUCCAGUGUGCAGAAUCAGGUUUCUAGGCCUAUUAGCACCCCUAUAAUGACCCCAACCCCCAACGUAGCAAUGCCAAAUGGUGCAAGCCAUGGUAGGCUUUUGUUGAGAAACAGAGUCCAACCACCCUCUGUUCCAAGGCCAGUGCUGGGUGUGUGUAGUCACACCAUCCAAAAGGGGCGAGGAAAUGGUGGAAGCAGUUUUAGAUCUCAGUUCCUUCGUCACCCUCUGGUGUCCAGGGGAGUAGACAGUACUGGGAACUUCCUGAUGGCAAAUAACUCCCUUCAUGGAUCAUCUGGAAUCAGCAACAGUGUUAAUCUGACACAACAUCACAAUUAUGGUACAUCAGUAGGAUUCUCAAAUUACAGAAACUGCAACGAGUCAUAUGAUGCUUGCCACCCCACAAAUAUAUACCCGCAGUUGAGCUCUCAACUGGCCAGCCUGAGUUGUGUUAACCAGCAGUCUGUGGCUUCUGAAACACAAGCAUAUAGUCAACCCUUGCCCCUAUCAAACAGUAGCCAGGGCUUCCAUCAAACUUGUAUCCAAGUAAAUAAUGGUGCUGCUUAUGUGGUUCACCUGAAUAGCAGUCAUUACGGAAAUGAGCCUCAAAUCCGAAGUCAAAAUGGAAAUUUCGGUAGAAAUACUACACAAUGUGGAAUUGCAAGUCAAGAUUCUUGCCAACCACAACUACAACAACCAAAUGAACAGUCUGCAAGGGAGACUGCUGGAAAAUUUUCAGCAUUUGACCCAAGUUGGAUAGACAAUACUGGUCAAAGUAUUCUAGAAACUUCAGGAUCUGUAGGACAAGCUCCCAAUGUCAACGAAUUCAUUGAACCCUUGUUUGAAUGCUCUCAAUCACCCAAUUCAUUUGUUGAUUUUGAUAAUUGGCUUUUGGAUAAAGACCAAGUUCCAGAGUCAACAGAUGGGGUUUUGCAAUCUGAGCCGAAUAUACCAUCUCCAGAUCUUUUUCCAGCUGAUAUGGUUAUGGGUUUAUUUUAUCAUGAUAGUAAAUGAGUUAAGGUGACUUGCCAAUACCUCCAAACCACACUACAGUCUUCAGUGGAAGUAUUUAGAAUUGGUUGCCAGUUGAAUGAUGAUGCUGUGGUGACUACUCAAUUUUGUGUCCCUAUUUAUGAAAUGCACAGCUGAGUAUUGGCACCUUUCAUUUUGAGGCUCGUCUACUUGUGUUAUCAUGAUGAUAAAUGAGUUAAGCUGACCAUUUUAGACGUUCCCUAAUCAGUAAUGUCCACAGUUGUUAUAUAAACAGCAUAGGCUAGGGUAGUUUUGCUUUAUUUUGUUCAAUGUAGUGGGGAAGUCUUUUGAUAUUUUGCCUGGCAUAUAUGGCUGUAGAGUAAUGGAUGCGACAACAAGAUCAAAGCGAGUAAAACUGACAAUUGAAAAAAGUUGUUCUAUAUUAGAUA